UGUUAGACGGCAACUUCCGUGUAAUCUAAAUAAAAGGACGCAGCAAAGACUUUUGUACCACACUUGCUGUUGCAUUCGCCAUAUUCGCACAUUUUCUUGAGAGAUCUGUUUUGAGGAGAAACAACAAAAUGAAUCCUAAGCUCGUUAUUAUUCUGCUUGCUUGUCUUUGGUAUGUAGAUGGUUGUGACAGAAAUUGUCACGGUGGUUCUCACAGCUGUAACAGAAAGAGGGCAGUGGAAAGAUCUGAAAACAUACAACUGGUGGGGUCCAAAUACACCGUCAAGCUACCAGAAAACCCAUGCCAUUUCAAUACGUACGAUGCCGACCUUGAUGGUAAAAUAAGCCAGGGAGAACUGUUUGGUGUUCUUGGUAUUGACAAGAUACCAGCAUCUGUGUUGAAGGAUCUUGAUGUAGUGACAGAUCAUGGAGUUAUAACAAAAGAGGCAUUUGACGCUAAAGUAGCUCAAGUCAUACCUCAAUGUGGACGUUCUAACUAGUUACCAUAUUGUUCAAUAUACCGGAUAUACAGACUGCUUCAUUCUUAGUUAAAUACAGGCUGCUUCAUUCCUUCUGGAAGUUUCUUGUUUAUGCAUUCAUUAAAAAUAACAAAAUUUAUUUUUCAACGAAUAACAUAUGACCAUGCAACAUUUUAUCAAAUUAUGAUUGAAACAUUGUGAUUUACAAUUUAGUAUUUACGCACUCUAAGACAUCCAUGAGUGAGAGUUAUACCUAAUUAAACAUGAAUCAUCUGAUGAUUAUUUACCUUUUCCAAUAAACAUGUUGUAGUCAUAGUCAAAUAAAGCGAUGCAGGUAUAUUA